AUGAGCUUCAUGUCACGAGAAAAGUUCCUAGAGCAAUACGUCUUCGAGGUUGACAUCGAAUUCGAGCUCAACGGCCGUGCAGCAGAAUGGGCACCUUCCUCGAAUGGCGGGUCACAAUUUUGGGGACAAGAAGAUCAGACACUUGACUUGGUAAACACCGAUCCGCCCAGCGAGCGGCGUCCCGAGAGUGCUGCGUUCGCGCUUAGCAGCGAUGUCAUGCUCAUGGCUGUGGCUACUAACAAAGUAAUUCGCAUCUAUACUUCCUGGGAUCAGCACCUGAAGGCAGAGCUCAUUGGUCACCUGCAGAACGUUAGCAAGCUCUUCUUCGCGCCGAAAGAGAGGUACCUCGAGGAGAACUAUGUACUUCUGUCAGAAGCAGAGAAUUAUGGUCAGGAAAAGCACAACCCCAUCAUCAUAUGGCACAUCGAUGGAGCUGGGCGAUCAGUUACCAGAACCAUGCCCUUCGCCAUCGACAACCUCGCCGACAAAGCCCUGGGCGCUAUCGAAAAGGACCUCCAGACUCAUCACGAGCUGGCUGCUUCCUCGAUAGCCGAAAUCCGCACAUCAUUGGUCGAGAGCCUCAAGAUCGCAGACACGAAGAACAGAACUGCAUCUCUCACAAUCCUCCCCGGCAGCUUCCCUAACUUCGGCUCCAAGCCCAUCUCCUCAAACGGAAAACACUUCCUCCACCUCGAGCACAACGACAGCACCCAACGAGGCAUGCGUCCCCCAUCCGAGCUCCCUCAAGUCAUCAUCCGCUCCUUCUCCGACCCAAAAACCGAACUCGCCCGUCUCCGCGGCCACCAAGCGCAAUAA